AUGCAAGAUACCGUGGAUCUGCUAAUGGAGACUGAUAAAGUUGACUUCUUGCCAUAUGCACUAUCUGGAGUGUGCGGACUGGAUUCCCUCCCCUGGGAGAUGCCGGGAAAUGGUGAUCUCUCUGCCUUUCCUAUUAUUGAUCUAUGGCAAACACCACAGCAGAGUGACAUGCAUGGGGCUGAGAUACCCUCAACAUCAUUAAGCGCAUACGCCUCACCCGUGUCAUUGUCCCAGUCCUGUAAAUGUGACGAGGAAGUAUCGGACGUGGUCCGGAACCUGAGCCGUGCAACUAUAUCGCGCGACACCAUUAAAAUUCUUCGUGCAGGUGUCACUCUUACAGAAAGAUUACUCGUUUGCCCAAUCUGCUAUGAUGUGUCAAAGCCUCCGCGAGUGACGGUGCAGAAUGUCCUCCUGAUUGGGCAACUCAUGUUUGAAAUCACAACAGGCUAUCAGAAGUACCUUCGCUGGCUGGAGAAAUACUGCAUGGAGCUAGACAUCAGGAACGAAACCGAGUCCGUCUACCUUGAAACUGGCCUUGGACCCUCCUCAGAACUCAAUUUACAAGUCAGUGGAGAGAAAUUCCGUGACCUUGUGGUGCAUGGGCUCCAAACUGAUGCCGAGCGUUUGUUGGUACUGGGGAAGCGUUUCGCCCAGAGGCAACGCAAUCGUCAUAUGAUAGGCCAUGAAGCAUGUCCUGACCCCGAAGGCCGCUGUCGGAAAAAGGAGUACAGCGUUGACCAUGACCCGCUUGACCUUUGCCCCCAGAAUCCUGUGGCGCGGAAGCUGGUUCCUUGUUUUCGUAUUGUCGAUGAGGUCCAGGGCAUGAUUAAACAAAUUGCGGAUGCAGUUGUAUAA